AUGUCUCCCCCGGCCGCCGUUUCUCCUCCCCAGCAGGUUGCUGAGCUCGUGACUCCAACCUCCAAGCUCGCCGUCAAGCCUGCUGCUGCCGUCAGCACUGGCGCCCAGUCGAUUGAAGAGAUGAUGGGCCAGUGGGACAACUUCAAGUUUGCUCCCAUUCGCGAGAGCCAGGUCUCUCGUGCCAUGACGAGCCGAUACUUCAAGGACCUUGAUACCUAUGCCGAGUCUGACAUUGUUAUCAUCGGUGCUGGAUCCUGCGGACUCAGCGCUGCCUACGUCCUGGGCAAGCAGCGUCCCGAUCUGAAGAUUGCCAUUAUUGAGGCUUCCGUCUCUCCUGGUGGUGGUGCCUGGCUUGGUGGACAGCUCUUCUCCGCCAUGGUCAUGAGAAAGCCAGCCGACGUGUUCCUCCGCGAGAUCGGUGUCCCUUACGAAGAUGAGGGUAACUACGUGGUUGUCAAGCACGCCGCUUUGUUCACCUCGACCAUCAUGUCCAAGGUUCUUUCUCUGCCCAACAUCAAGAUGUUCAACGCGACAUGCGUGGAAGACCUCAUCACUCGCCCCUCGGAAGAGGGUGUGAGAAUCGCUGGUGUCGUCACCAACUGGACGCUGGUCUCCAUGCACCACGAUGACCAGUCCUGCAUGGACCCCAACACCAUCAACGCUCCUCUCAUCAUCUCUACCACCGGCCACGACGGCCCCAUGGGUGCUUUCUGCGUCAAGCGUCUCGUCAGCAUGCAGCGCAUCGAGAAGCUCGGUGGCAUGCGUGGUCUCGAUAUGAACUCGGCCGAAGACGCUAUUGUCAAGAACACCCGUGAGAUUGUUCCUGGUCUCAUUGUUGGUGGUAUGGAGCUUUCUGAGGUCGACGGCGCCAACCGCAUGGGCCCUACUUUUGGCGCUAUGGCUCUCAGUGGCCUCAAGGCUGCUGAGGAAGCACUCAAGGUCUUUGACCUUCGUGCUAAGCAGAAUGCCAACUAA